AUGUCGACCUUUGAUGGCAUUGUUUCAGAAUUUCCGGAAAUUCAAAUCGAUUACUUCCGGAAGAGCGAUGACCGAGCACCCCUGGCCUGUUUCUUAAGCCAUGUCCACAGUGAUCAUUUGCAAGGUCUCGAGUCAUUUCGGUCGCCUUUCAUCUACUGCUCCCCUGCAACUCGAGAACUUUUGAUGAAAAUUGAAAAAUAUCCCCAUCGCAUGAACUUUCAGAAAGGAAUUCUCGAGUCACGACAAUUAUCUUACAAGCAUCUUGCCAAAAUUCUGCGCCCAAUUCCGUUGAACACACCCACCGAUAUUGAAUUGACCCCGAAAAAACAUGUCAGAAUCACUCUCUUCGAUGCCAACCACUGCACGGGAGCAGUCAUGUUCCUUAUUGAAGGAGAUGGGAAAUCCAUUCUCUAUACAGGAGAUAUCCGAGCUGAGAAAUGGUGGAUCAAUGCGCUAGCCCGUCACCCAAUCCUCAUCCCCUACACUCUGGGUCGGAGGCGACUGGACAAGAUCUACCUCGAUACAACCUUUGCCGGCUCAUCCGAUCCUCUUCGAGAGUUCCCUACAAAGGCUCAAGGUGUGGCAGAAUUACUUGAAAAAGUUGAGAAAUAUCCACCUGAUACAACUUUUUACUUUCGAUCAUGGACCUUUGGUUACGAAGAAGUGUGGCUCGCCCUCUCAGCUGCGCUCAAUUCAAAAGUGCAUCUGGACCAAUACCAGAUGGGUCUUUAUCGAUCACUAGGAAAUAGUUCUUCCGAUAGAGGUACAAACGAUUUCCCUGCCCUCUGUGGCUUUCAAUUGGGGAAUCACUAUGUGACAGGCUGUUUGAGUGCGGAUGAGUCAAGCAGAAUCCAUAGUUGUGAACCAGGUGUCUCAUGCAAGGCUGCUCGGAGCCCAGACACCGUCUACAUCACCCCCAUUGUCAAUCGCACCCUUGAUGGUACGGAGAUUCCCGAGGUCGGUGCUGGUGGAGGUGCAGGAGACCUGUACCAAGUACAUGAGCUGGAGCUCCCGGAUGAAUCGGCUCUCGCAAAUCUGGAGAAAUUGUGCGCCAAACAUAUCCCCGACCCGGAGGCUUUGGCUCAAACCCGAACUGCACUAGCUGAAGCUUUCAAAUCGAGAAAGAAGACACUUUCCCUCCGUCAAUACGGUGUUCAGGAUGAACAGAUUCCUCUGCAGAACCUAGUUACCAAGAUCAGCCAGGGGCAUUCUGAGGCUAAAGAAGAAACAGUCAAGUCCGGCUUGCCGAAUAGCAUCCGCUUCCCAUACUCCCGUCACUCCUCCUACUCCGAAUUGUGCGAGCUUGUCGCAACGCUCAGACCCAAGGAUAUCCACCCCUGCACAGUGGACCCGUCCUCGUGGUCUGAAGCGAUCUCUAUCCAAAGUCUAUUCGGCCAUCUCUGUUCUGGGGAUAAGUUCCUUCACGACUCCGUCAUGCGCGAGAAGCUUGACUCCCAAUAUGAAGAUGACCGUCAUCUGAGGAAACGUCCGCGAUAUGAUGACGACCUAUCAACGCAAACCAGUGAAGCCAGCAGCGUCUCUGGGGAAUCUGUUCCCAACCCGAAUACAACGUCACAACCCGAGCCCCUACCUCCAAGUACAAUUCCGGAUCAAGUCCGGAAGAACCGCAAGGAGAUUCGAAAAGCCCACCGCUAUCUCCAAGAAAAUGCCGACCCAGAACUACAGAUUGGCUCCCUUCCUUCUUCCUUCCCGACUGAAGAAUCAAAAGAUAGUCUCACUUCUCAGGACAACCUCAAACCAAGUUUCGGUGGCGAUGGCACCUGUUCCCCACGACCAGAACCCGCCGUCACUUCCUCUCUCCUCGAAAGUCAAAAGACCGAUGCUAUGACCCUCCCAAUCUCAGAGUCAUUCCUUGUUUCUACCCCGGUAGACGCAGAUGCCGCUCUCCACUCGGACUUUUCCCCGGAAAGAACACGAUCUUCGGACAGAAAUCUGCGAUAUGGUGAUGGGCGACGCAGAGUAAUGGCACGUCUGCGCGGGCGUAUUGCCGCAUACCUUGCUACCUCGGAUAGUCCUUACUCGGCAUACCAGGACCGCACGCUCAUGUCGACUGGUGCUAAGCAUUCGGAGAAAGACAAGGACCUGUGA